UAGAGAUAACAUGCCAAAGUGGCAAAAAUGAAGUUCCCCUAGACAGUAUUUUCAGCUCCUCCCAUUUCAUAUCCUCAAAAAAAAAACAAAUUUUAGAAAACGAAAAUACGAUGAGCUCCUUCACCACCAAAACUCCGCCACCCUAUCUCCGCCUGUCAAGUUACCAUCGCCCAACAAUCUCCGUCAUUUCCUGCGCCGGAGAAUCCCAACAAGACAGCUUCACUAGCCGGAGAACCCUGACAUCGCUUAUAACCCUCACGGCCCUCGGGGCCGGUGCCACCGCCACGUCAGCAGCAUUAGCACAGGAGAAAUGGGGAACUAGGUCUUUCAUAAAGGAGAAAUAUUUCCAGCCAGGGUUAUCGCCGGAGGACGCGGCGGCGCGUAUAAAACAGACGGCGGAAGGAUUAAGAGACAUGAGGGAGAUGCUGGACCAUAUGUCUUGGAGGUAUGUCAUAUUCUACAUAAGAUUAAAACAGGCUUAUCUGUCUCAGGAUUUGACCAAUGCCAUGAACAUCUUGCCGGAGAGUCGCCGGAAUGAUUACGUUCAAGCGGCAAAUCAGCUAGUCAGCAACAUGAGUGAGUUGGAUUUCUACGUACGGACGCCAAAGGUGUAUGAGUCGUAUCUCUACUACGAGAAGACAUUGAAAUCGAUAGACGAUGUGGUGGAGCUUCUUGCUUAGUUGUAUUUGUACUAAAUAUAAUUUACCUCUGUAUUCAUUACAUUACAUUGCAUUACAAAUAUUUUACAUCAUAUAAAAACUUCAAAGUCCA